AUGGCGGAGCUAGGCAUCGCUGGCUCGGCGGUCGGUGUCGCGUCGCUGGGGAUUAUGGUGUGUCAAGGUUUGCUGAGCUACUAUGAGGACUGGAAGGCCUCCAGCGACGACAUCAAGACCGCUCAUGGCAAGAUUCGAGAUCUGGAAGCAACACUCGAGCUACUUGCAGGUGUCCUGCGAAGUGAUUCCUUGGAGCAUGUGCACCUGAUGCGGAUCGAAGAAUGCCUUAUUGGGUGUUACGACAGCAUGAAGGUCCUCCAAAAGAGACUGCAGAAGCUGUUGACGAAUCAUGAUCCAAAAGGCUUUCGACAGGUGAUCAAAGCUGGACAGCAGCGCCUACUGUACCCCUUCAAGAAGGAUACGCUCGACAAGCUGAACGCCGCUGUUGAUGACUUGGUCCAUCGGCUGUCCCUCGCACUGCAUGUGCUUCAUCUCAAUGUCGACCUCGAAAUACGGGGUGAGGUCCGAGAGGCAGCUGCGCGACUCAAGGCAAUCGAGUCCAGUACCAUCCAUGUGGAGUCGAUAGUCGACCAGACACACAGCUUGACACUUCAGAGUUCAUCUGGGAUACAAAAGCUCAUAGUGUCUCGUCAUUCUGAUGAACUCUGUAGACUGAGAUCCUGGCUAUCAGCACCAGAUGCUUACACCAACCAUCGAGAAGCAAGACGACGCCACGAACCUGGGACUGGUGAAUGGUUUUUGCACUCAAGUGAUUAUCAGCAAUGGCUCUCCGGCGAUGUCAAGAUGCUAUCCCUUGUUGGCAAGGCAGGCGCCUGCAAGACCGUGCUCUGCUCGACCAUCGUGGAGGACUUGUUGCAACGUCGUGACGCUCUAACAACCGCGGUAGCCUUCUUCUACUUCACCUUCUCUGAUCAAAACAAACAAAGUUAUCGCAACAUGCUGCUCGGCAUCAUCCACCAGCUGGCAGAUCACGAGCCUGUCUUUGCUACUCUUCAAGAAACGCAGAAACAGUCGUACGGUCAGCCAGCAACGGAGCUUCUGGAGAAGUGCUUCAACGGCCUGGCUGCUAGAGUACAACGCCUCGUCCUCGUAUCUGACGCCCUGGAUGAGGUUCCUCAUACCAACCGCUCCCGAGAGGAGGUCUUAGGUGGUCUUGGGGACCUUGUGCAGAAAGUGCCAAACUUGUCAAUCCUCACCACCAGUCGUCCGGAGAUUGACAUUCUCGAAGCGCUGGAAGAAUCCUCUGCUCGUGUCAAGCACCUGAAUACCCAAUACAUCGACCAGGACAUCAAAAUUUACGUUGCAAAAGAGCUCGAGAGAAAUAAGACGUUGCGUAAAUUGUCCGCUUCGACCAAACAAGAGAUCCGGGACAAGCUUGGUGAGAAAGCUGAUGGCAUGUUUCGCUGGGCGUACUGCCAGUUGGACGAGCUGUCGAGACUGAAAAGAGUCACUGCGAAAAAUGUCACGACGGUUCUGGAAAACUUACCCAAGACCUUGGACGAGACAUACGAGCGCAUCUUGCUUGGCAUCGACCCGAUGGAUCAAGACGUUGCACUUGCUGCUCUCCGGUGGCUUACGUUCGCGGAAUAUCCUUUGACUCUUCGGGAACUUGAAGAAGCGUGUAUAACAUCGCAUCUCCAGGACCCGUAUCUUGACGAGGGCGAUCGCGCCGAGUCUGGUAGCAUCGCUCACAUCUUAGCUGCCCUUGUUACUGACUACAAGCUCACGUCCGAUUGCGACGAUGUGCACGAAGUAGAUAGAACUUCGAACACGGAGUCAGAAUCACCGAGCGCUGGAAGCAUAGCCAGUACAGACGCCCAUGCCAAUGAAUCUCAGCGAUCAUCUAGGGCCUCACUAUCCUCUUCGUCGCGCCACAUAUUACGGCUUGCUCACUUCUCGAUCAAAGAAUAUCUGGUGGGCGAACGUAUCUCUACAGGCAGAGCAGCUCGAUAUGCGCUCUGCCAUGUGAAUCCACAGCGUCACCUUGCACAGGAUUGCAUUGCUUAUCUGUAUCAUUACUAUGAUCAUCGGAAUCGACAAAGCAAGGAGACCGAUGAGAUUGCGUUUCCGCUAUUAGAGUAUGCCGUUGAGUGUUGGACACAUCACCAGCGUGCUGCCGAAUCCGCGCCCACUUUAGACUGGAAGGAUGGUCUGGAGAUUUCGUUGCUGGAGGCAACGACACUACGAAGAAUCUGGAUACCUGUAACUAUGAGAUACUCUCGCGGCCCUUCUUCAGAUCGUACUGGACCUGCAUCCAAAUGCCCGUUGCAUUUGGCAUGUUACCUGGGACUCCGUCGCACAGCAGAGUCGUUAAUCAGAAAAGGAUUCAACGUAAAUGAAGAGGUGAAUUUUGACGACGUCGGCUUGUUUGUUGCCGAAGGGGCCUCACCGCUUUCUAUCGCUUGCGAAUCCCGGGAAACUGAGAUUGUGCAGUUGCUGUUGGCCUCCGGUGCCGAUUGUGCUUCGACUCAAGGCACUGAGGCUUUACGUCUUGGAAUUGAGCAAGGUUCUGAGCCCAUUGUCAGAAUGGCGUUGCAACGCGGAGCGAACGCCAAUGCCAUUGUACAAGACACUCCUGUUCUGCUGACUGCAAGUAUGUUGGGCUGUAACAUAGCCAUUACCAAAAUGCUCCUCGACCAUAGAGCAGAUCCCAACCUCGAGGACUGCCGGGGAGAACAACCACUCAUGGCCGCGGCGGGAUGUCGCGACCCCGAGACACUACAAUUGCUGCUCACAUAUGGCGCAGACCCAAACUGUAUCGAUCGUACCGGAAGAACCGCGCUUGUUCAUGCAUCGGACAACAUGAUGAGUCUUCUUGAGCACGGGGCCAAUCCGACCGCGAAGUACGGAGGCGACCACACACCCGGAUCUGCCAUUCGUUCAGCGUGCCGAGAAGGCGGUCCUGAGAGCGUUGAGAUGGCCAGAAUUCUUCUGGACCAUGGUGCUGAUCCAAACCUGAAAGUACGUUGGACUGAAUUCAAUCGCGCAGCAUUUUACGGCCGGGUCGACAUCUGCCAGCUGCUCCUCUUGGAAGGUGCCACCAUUCAGGCGCUGGAGGGGCCAUACAUCAGUCCUUUGCAUGUAGCAAUCCUCAGCAGGCAACAUGACGUUGCAGAAGUACUGAUCAAAUAUGGUGCUGAUCUCAACGAUGAAAUCCUUGGGAGUGGCAGUCCUCUGCAGCACGCUGCACGGUAUGGUGACGUGGACGGUGUCAAACUAUUGCUCCUCCAUAGAGCCGAUCCAACGAUCGUGGGCGCUGUUGAUCCUCACUAUCUUUAUGCGCAAGAGACUGCGACCAUACCCGACUCUCCGGAUCAUGACGCAUUACACGUUGCUAUGCAGGAGCUGGAAUCAUGGGGCGACUUCUCUCCUCUUGGCCUUGCGCAAUUUCAGGGGCACCAGGAGAUCAUAUGUCUGCUCGAGGAUGCUUUAAAGGGACCAGCAGAUCAGCUGCCAGGAGCCGAGAAGGAGCUCUCUCGAGCUGCGAGAAGCAUGGCCGGGGCAGCAUGUCCGCAGCCAGGGAUACCUGACGACACGAAUGCAUGUUGA